GGCGCUGCCUCCGUCGCCGACUCUUUAAAUAUUUCAAAAUUUUUCAGUCGUAGGCAUUUUCGAAUUUUGGAGGGUCGCUUCAAAAUUUCCCGGUUCGAAGUUCAUGGACUUAGCAUCCACAGCUUGGGGGGCCGGCGAGGGGGAGGAAUGGGAACUCCGCCACGAUGAUGAUGGCUUCACUUACAAGAUUCUCAAGCGCCAGCGCCUCCUCGACCCAGCCGCCGGCGCAGUUCAACCUUCUCUCACGGACCCCAAGGCCGAAGAGAGGCACCGAAGACAACGAAAGAAAAAUGCCCUCUUGAAAUUAAAAAGUCAGUAUCAGAAGGAACUCGACCAGUGGGAACUUUUGUCGAGCACAUUGCAAGCAAUGGAAGAGAAAGCGAAUCAACAACUUGAAUUGCAAAAACGACAGCAAGAUGUGGGCAAAACGGCGUCUUCGUCUUUGGAAUCAAGUUUGACGCCCAUGGAGGGAUCCGAAAAUGCUUGUGGGUCAUUAAUCGAUGAGCUCCUUUCGCAGGCUGAGGCUCAAGAAGCAGUAAUCCGUGAUGUAUCAUACUUAUGUGAUAUAGCAGAAGCAAUGUGCAGCGCUCAAGAGGAGUGGCUAGCACAAUCAUUUAUUGAUCUCCCAGUUUGGUCUUCUCCUCGAAAGCUUAUCGCUUCGCUUUGUGAUGAGUAAGUUUAAGUUUGGUUUUAGUAGUUACUAUCUUAACUCCUGGAAGGAAAUAUGUAAAGCUUGUCCUGCAAAAGUAUAAGUCCUGUUUAAUUAAAAAGGACGCUAUUCUUGUAUAAGACUUUAAAGUUAUCUUCUUUGUUGUAGAUUUCUACAUUUGAAAGAUAGUUUGUUCAUAUUUUCAACUAUAUUAUCUGAUUGAUCUUGUGUAAUUGAGGCUAAAUAUGGGAAAAUUUUAACUA